GGAUUACUUCCCCUAUACGCAGAGGCAUAAACUACGGAAGUAACUUGUCUUCGUAUGAUCUGUUGCCUGCUCCAUCAUAAAAGAUGGAGUUAAUUGAAACAUAUUACAAUAAUCCGGAGUAUAUUGAAACGGCAUCAGGAAAUAAAGUAAGCAGAUCAUCAGUGUUAUGUGGCAGCCAGAAUAUUGUCAUCAGUGGAAAGAGUAUAAUCAUGACUGAUUGUGUGAUACGUGGUGACCUGGCCAAUGUUCGAAUAGGAAGACACUGUAUCAUCAGCAGGAAAGCAGUCAUCCGACCUCCAUUUAAGAAAUUCAGCAAAGGAGUUGCCUUCUUCCCACUUCACAUUGGAGACCAUGUGUUUAUCGACGAAGGAGCCAUAGUCAAUGCUGCGCAAGUUGGCUCUUAUGUUCAUAUUGGAAAGAAUUGUGUGAUAGGUCGCCGGUGUGUGUUGAAAGACUGCUGUGCAAUAGCUGAUAACACGGUGUUACCACCAGAAACUGUGGUGCCUCCAUUUACUGUGUUCUCCGGAUCACCUGGUCAUGUUACAGGAGAGCUGCCUGAGUGUACACAAGAUCUGAUGCUGGACUUUACAGUUAACUUCUACAUGAACUUUAAACCAACUGGCAAAGGGAAAGGGAAAUAGUGCAAUACAUUAUUAUAUCAUUAUUAUUUAUUUUCUGUAUUUUUGGUUACAACACAAUAUUUUGCUUGACUGAGUGCACUUGUGACUCCUUGCAGUUUCCUUUGCUUUCUUGUUGCUUGAAUUGAUUUUAAGGAUUCUUCUUUUAAAUCAGACCAACGCUUCAAUAAACAUUGUUCAUCAUCUCUAAGGCCACACCAUGUGAGUUUUUUUUAACUAUCAAUUUGUGUGAAAGAAUACACAGCAACCAUGCAAAAUAAAACAUUUUUAUUUUGCUUUGCAACUGGAGCAGGCAAAACAAACACUGUUUUUCCCUGUAUUAUUAAUGUUUGGUAUGAAAAAGCUUAAUUAACAAUUAUCCACCUUGAAUGCCAUUUAACACUCAUGAAGUACUCUUUCAAAACCAUUCUUGCAUGAUUUGAUGCAACAUGGCUCCACAGAAAGUGGGUUUGGGUGGAUUUUAAAAUGUAUAUUAAAAUGUCUUCUAAUUCAAACUGAUGUUUUCAAACUUUGUGGUGAAAUAUAACUUGUAAUUAUCACCCAUAUAUGUCUGUUUUUAAGCUUCUCUGUUGACUUCAUUGAAUAAUAUUAUUAUUUAAAAUGAAUGGAAAUAAAAGUACUCAUUAAUGUAGAAUAAAUCCAGUGAUUACUGAGAAACUCAAGAUAUCUUAAUUUUUAACCGGGUUUUCAACGGAUACCAAGUUAUUAGAAUGGGGAUGUCCUUGAAAGGGCGGGUCCCAAACAUUAGUUUCUGCCCAAUAACUUAGGUAUUAUUGAUGGAUAGUAUUGAAAGUUGGUGUGUAGGACUAUGUAUGUUAUGUAAAGAGUUAGCUUGGGAUUGCUUUUGAGGGGGUCAAGCUCACUGUUACUUAAAAUAGAAAAAUGGUUUCUGCCCAACAGCUUGAGUUCAAACUGAUGGACACUAAACACGAAAGAUACUUAACUAGAAUAAUUUUCUGUUACGUCUAUAUUUGAUAAAAGUAAAGAUAAAGGGUACUCAUUUUUCCUAACUCAUACAAGAAAUUAAUUGCCUAUAUUUUUUGAUUGCCCAUAAUGAAAACUUGGUCUCGUCGCAUUGCAGCGCUUCUAGUUUUGUCUUGGCCUGGGUCAUCCUGUUUCAGAAUAUGUUAUUUCUUCCCAUGUUUACAAAGCAGCAAUUUUUAUACUUGUUUACUUCUUAGUGCCAAGUUUCUAUUACGGUAUAUGUGUAAAAUAAUAGAAUUUAAAAGUUGUAUUUCAAGAUAUAUUUUCAUUUAAUUCAUUAAAAAAAUAUUCUGUCAUUGCCUUAUUUCAAUGAUAAUAACCCUCACUGAUUAGUUAUGAUAUGUAUGAACUUCUUCCUGUUGUGAUUUGUAAUCACCAAUAUAAAUAGGCAAUGCAAUAAAUAAAGGUUGUCAUUGAAUAAUAACAUUACUUAUCAAUUAUGCUUGCGCAAUGUGCUAUUUAAUAUCCAGAAACAUUUCAAAUUCACUGUACGUAGUUUAUUGUGAUGAUGGUAAUGCUUGCAUAGCUAUGGAAGGCUCAAGUCCCAGUUGAGGUGUUCUUUUUGCCUCUGAAGAGGGAACAUUGAUACUUGUUCCUAUCAGGGAUUGAGUGUGAGUAAAAAGUCGUACCACUAUCAUGUCACACCAUAUUUGGAGAACUCAUUCCAUACAUGUAUACAUGUUACAUAAUUAUGUAUUACUGAUGAUACAGGUUAAAUCUUUUGUACAUGAUUGUGUAAGUAUAUAUUCUGUUUUAUUAUGAACUAUUAGUCCAGAAAAAUGGCAUAUUGCAUUUGAUCUCGCCAUCUGUAGAAAAUGUUGUUCCCAUUUCACAUUGAAACAAUAGAUAUACACGGGAUGACUUCUCCAAAUUGUGUGCAACUUCCUGAUGGUACCGGUUCAUCAUGCUGGUACGAUUUCUCCUGUACACGCUGUUGUCACAAUCAAUUGAGCACUUAAACUCAAUUGAAACAAAGCCUCAACAAACCUAUGAUUUCUGCUAUCAUUCAUUAUUGUUUGUAAGCCUCUACAAACCUACAUUUGUACGACUUCUACUAUUACUCAUUAUCAGCUGUGUGUGUAAAACUGUACAUGUUUUCACUGUAACUAAGUGAGCAUAGGCUAUAAAUGUGACAAUAAAUUAAA